UUUCAAUUUAAAUAACUUCCUAGAUAUAUGGCCGCGCAUUUAACAUGGAUCUUACCCACUAUGGAUUAUUUGCAAUAAUGGGCCUUAACUGUCUGGUUUUAGGGAAACGCAAAUUAUCUAAAACAUCUGACGAAAACAGUAUUGUUGGAUACAGACAUAAUAAAAUGACAAUUGGAAGCAAGCAAUACUCAGUACGUCUGAAAGCAUUUGGAGUGAAAUAUAAAUGUAACGUUUCUAAUGACACAGUUUGCGAACCAUGUGAUAAUGGAUAUUAUUCACGGAAAGGAUCUAAAUACUGUAAAAAAUGUAAAAGUUGUCCACGUGAUUACCACGUGGUAAAGCAUUGUACCGCUAUCAGAAAUACCAAAUGCAAACAAUGCAAGGAAGGUAAAUAUUACUCGAAAUAUAAAAUGAAAUGUAUGAAGUGUCAUGGAUGUAAACCGGGAUAUUACGUCAAGGCGAAAUGUUCGAAAACUUUAAAUACUCAAUGUAAACGUUGUCCUUAUGGAACAUUUACUGACAGUUAUGGAAUGAACAUGAGAUGUAUGCCUUGUAAGGCUUGUCAGUAUUACGAGGAUAUUAUAAAACCAUGUUCGCAUAAAAACGAUAAUAUCUGUGGAAACUGUAAACAAGGAUAUUUUCGACUGGCGGCAACAUUGAAUUGUGGGAGAUGUUCCGAAUGUUAUAGAGAUUUUCCUGACUAUACAGUCGAAGUUUCAGAAUGUGUAAGAAAAAGUAAAGGCAGCGACAGAGUUUGUUUACCUGUGGUCUUUCCUCCUUUACUAUAUAAUGAAACCGAUUAUCAAGAGAUAUCAGAAACAGAAGACAGGCAACUCAAAACAGAUACAACUACCAGCGAUAAAUUUGUGUUACCAGUUUUUGUAAAAUGCCUGAUAGGCGUUGCAAGUUUCAUAGUACUUUUUUCGUGUCUGUCAAUCAUAAUUAUGUGUUGUGUACAUCAUCAUAAAAUGAAACAGAUAAAAAAAUCUCGAAUUAACAAAAACUCUAAACGGAGCAGUGAAAUCUACACAGAGAACUGGAUAAACCAGAACAUUAAUCUUGUUACUUCAUACAAGUCAAACAGUGUUCCCUUUUUGCUAACUGGAUCUCGGUCCGAUUUAGAAUAUCGUGUUCGCUCUAAUACUUUUUCCAAUAAGAUAUGUUCAGAAAGCGAUGAUUUCGCAGCCCAGAAACAUUAUCUUACUGGGCAUGGUUCUACUAUUUCAGAUACGUCAAACAAUAUUGAAAAUAAGGACAAACAUGAUUCAAGCCUAAAAUUAUCCGAUGAAACACAUAUUUCAGUUUCAUCGUGUUUUAUUGAUAACAAUACCUUUAUAUUGUCUUCAAGAAAUAUACACUCAAAAGAUACAAAUCAAAAUUAUAUCUAAAGGAUGCUAAAUAAACGUAUGAUUUUGCGAACAUACAUAUUGAUGUAAAUAAAAACUGUAUACGUGGACUGAUGGGAACUUUUUAAUCUUUAUUACAUUUAUUUCAUCUAAAUUAAUCCGUCUCCCAAAGAAAUUUCCAAAAUUUGGUGUCUACUAUGUAUCAUCAUCAACAGCAAAUGCAUUUUAUCCUGAGGUUUGUAAUAUUAAACUCAGUACAAAUAAUGUACUAUAAUACUUUACAAAAAAAUCUUGUAAAAACAGGUAUAAUUCUAAUUGCAUGUAUGUUAAUGUGAAGUUUUUUUUUUAUUCUGACUAAGAUAAAGUCAAUCAUCGUUUUCAAAAGAUGGCAUAAUGUAUGGCAGAAAUAGGAAGAGGACACUAAGGCGGUAAUAAUCAAAGUACUGAAGUACUGAACAUCGGAUGACCGCAAGUUCUUGUGGAUUGUCAAAAGCACUUGUUACAGAAAAAAAUCACAUCUGUAUACCUGAAACUGAGGUUAAUGUACAGAUAUAUUUUUUUCUGAGACAAGUUCGUGCGUGGAUGAUGAAUAAAUGACAGGAAAUUCAACCUCACCUUAAUAACUAUUAUAUUGUAGUGAUACAAAUCAGUAUACACUGGUUUGUUGUUGUACAUGUAUAUUAUAUUAAUAUAACAGUUACAUGUAUAUAUAAUUUUCAUCCAUUUGUAUAUCAUUCUAUUCUAAUAAGAGUGCAGUGCAAGUGCAUGGUGGACACUCUUCUGUAAAAAUUCGAUUUUUCUAAAAGAUUGGAUAUGAGUAGGCAUUUAUAUUUUCCCGCAAAAACAAUCAAUGCAGAGUUGCCGGUCCUUACCGCGAUUGUCGCAAAAUGUUCUUGGUAUAUUCUUCCGCAUGAUUUACCAUAUCAAUGAUUUUUUACUAAUGUAUAUAUAUAUAACGAUAAAACAUUUUCAUAUUAUUAAUUUAUGUUCUAAACAAAAAUAUUGUUAUCAGUAUCCAUUGCAGAGAUGUAUUUAUAACAAACGAUAAGGAAUGUUAUUUUGCACUCGUUAAUAUCCGCGUAUUUAUCAUGUUUAUAGAUCGGUUACAAACCCAAAACGAAAGUUACGUAAUGGAAAUCUAGGCGAUAGCAAUACAUCGGAAUGCCCUCACGGUCAUCGCGAUGUAAAAAACCAUACGUCCAAGAUAGAUAACUCGAUAGUCGAAUAAAAAGAUGAACAGACAAACAACAGUCCACACAACACGAAUCACAGACAAUUAAAAAAAUAACACGUCAAAAUUAUGCACCUGUUUUUUUCUUUAAAGCAAUAUAAAGCUGUUUACAAAAUUUAGCUUUUAUGUUUAUGUGUAAAAAAUUAUAUCAUGUUACAUUUGUAUUUAGGCUUUUAAAUAUUCACCUCUCCGAAUAUGAUCUCUGUAAAUGAAACAAAUACAGUGGAAAUUGGUCAUACAUUCAAAUUUUAUAGUCACAGCUAUCAUACUUGUCUAGAUUUAGCCUAACCAUAUUGUACUUGUAGAUUAUAACUAAGUAAACAUAUAUUGUAGGUUAAUAACUCAAGAUUAAAGGUUUAGAUUUAAAUUUUUAAAACAUAACCCUUGACUAUGAAUUCCUUAGUCUAGUGAUCUAUACAAAACAUAUAUAUAUAUAUAAAGUAUUAUUACAGUUUUAAAUUAUAGAUUACUCUAUUUCGAAUAUAUAAUAAUUAAGUAUAAUGUUUUAAUUGACAAAACAUGUAUUGAUAUUUGAAUUAAGAAUAUUUUUAAAUAAGGGCAUGUAUUAUUGUCGAUUCAGUCUGUAAAUUCUUUUCAGGAUUUUUUAAACGUACUUCAAAAAUGAUAAUAAGCACAAACACAUUGCAUUCAGGAAAACGAUAUUUGUUCCGAGUAUUUCUGAUGAUGAACUUUAGAAGGGAAGAUACUUAUUUCUUCUUUCAAACAAACUAUGUUAAUAUCAAUCAAAUUAGGCCGUGUAAGUUUGAAAAACUCAGAUUAAGCUACUAGCAAUAACAAACGAUACAACGAAAAUAUCAAAAUAUUGUUACUUCAACCCCCUCUUAACCCCCUAAAAACAAUUAAAAGAAAAAAACCUUACAGCGUCAUCACUAUCUUUUUUGCAAUAACAAACGAUACAACGAAAAUAUCAAAAUAUUGUUACUUCAACCCCCUCUUAACCCCUAAAACAAUUAAAAGAAGAAGACCUUAUAGCGUCAUCGCGAUCUUUUUUUGCGAUCACUGGUAUUAGCAUUUUUUGAUGUGCUCUUUGGACUCAUGAAUUUAAGACAUACAAAAGGUUUCUUUACUGAUGUACAAUCAUGUAGAACGAUGCAUUGUAUCAUUCGAGAUAUAUAAUGUUUUUUCUAUUUUUGAUUGAUUCUAAUAAACAUCUGAUUAACUGUAAUAAAAAUUAAACCCG